AGAAGCUUUAGCUCUUGUGUGUCAUAGCUGGAUGGGCCAAGGCGGACGAGGUCGCGGGCGGGGCGUGGGCGGCGAGCGCUGCUCGACUGCAGGCUGCAGUAACAAGGCGCAGUCGAGCGGACGCUGCAGAACUCACACGGGAUCGUUAGGUCAGUGCAAUCAGUCAGGCUGCGAGAAGCAGGCGCAAUACAAAGGCCUGUGUGUGGCGCACGGUGGACGUCGAGUGUGCACGUAUCUAGACUGCAGCAAGACGGUGACGUCCAAGGGUUUGUGUGGAGACCACGGAGGAGGGAGACGCAAACCAUCAGGCACGAAGAGACCAUCAGUCAAGCAGGACAAAGCGGCACUAUCGAGUUCGAGUGGAAUGUCCAUGAUGUCGCUGCUGUUGAACGAGUGGCCACAGGAUAUAGAGGGCGACGGCGUGCAUACUCCUGCUCUGUAUACAGGACCUAUACCGGAUGACAAGGUCUCUCCUGGAGCUAUCACGUCUCAGAGUGUAGGACACCACGACUCGACUCCGAUACCUUAUAAUGACACGUCGACUUGGACCGUAAGUGACACCAAGUUCUCGACAGAUCCAGCUGCAAUAGUCACGUCGAGUUCUGUAUCUCAGGAGACUCAAAGCGACGGAUCCAUGCUACAUAGAGACAAUCCGGCUUGGCCAAAAGACCCUAACGUUAUGAACCUGCCGCCUGUGAUGUCGGCGGCGUCUGUGAUGCCCACAGCAGCUAAGACGUCGACUGUUCGAUCGCAGGAGACAAAAAUCAAUGGAUCAAUGUCACAGAGUGACGCUCCGACGUGGUCAGGAGAUGAGAACGUCAUCAAGCUGGAGCAUACGCCAUCGACCGCUUCGGUUAUGCCGAGUCAAAGUGGUGGGUCCAUGAUGUCACUUCUGCUUGGAGGGUGGUCUCUAGAUACGUACAGAGUCAAGACGGAGGAGAACAGCUCUGAACGGGACUCUGUGGAGACGACGGACAGUGAAAAGUCGGCAGAUAGACCUGUCAGGACGCGCAAGCGGGCGCUGUGCAUCCACAUGGGCUGCUCCAAGAUCGCUCAGUCACAAGGACUGUGUGUAACCCACGGAGGCAAGCGAUGCUCCCAAUCUGGCUGCACUAAGAGCGCUCAGUAUCAAGGUUUAUGCACGACGCACGGAGGAUCCAGAGCUUUCCGUCGUGAGAAAGAGCCGAUUCGUCAAAGCGAGCAGAGACUGCGAGCCAAGGACGCGCGCGAAGACUUUCGAAAAAAAAAGCAAAGGAGCUGGCUCAAGCUGAUCGAAUAA